AUGUUUAGUGUAGCUUUUCGUAUGCUUGCUGAAGAAAUAAAUGAUGAGGAACAAAAUAAAACAAAUAUUCAAAGGGUUGCAAGGAGAAAUAUGCGUGAUGCUUCUAACCCAUUAGAGCUACCACAGUCAUUGUUCGAAAAAUAUUACCGGGUUAACAAACCUGCUUUUGCGUAUUUACUGCAAAUACUGACAUUGCAUUCACAGCCGCCAAAAAAUUCAUCUGGUGUAAGCUCUGUUUUGAAGCUCAGUGCCUGUUUGCGCAUCUUUGCAGAAGGCGGAUAUCAAACAGGUGUUGGAAAGGACAGUGACGUUGCUUUGGCUCAGCCCACUUUUAGUAAAGUGCUUACAGAAGUUGUUCGCAUAUUAGAAGCACAGCUUUGCCCGGUAUGGAUAAAAUUUCCUACAACAGCAGAGGAAAAACGAAAAAUUGCCCUAGCUUUUUAUAUCAAAUAUAAAAUACCGGGAGUUAUUGGAUGCGUUGAUGGAACGCAUAUACAGAUUAUUGCUCCAUCUAAAAAUAAACAUCUUUUUUAUAAUAGGAAAGGAAACUAUAGUUUGAAUGCUACGCUGAUUUGUGAUCAUGAGCUCAGAAUCCGGUACGUUAAUGCAACUCAUCCUGGUGCUUGCCAUGACUCCUUUAUAUGGAGAACUAGUAAUAUUAGGGCUCACCUGGAAGGGAAAUACUUGCAAGGCUCUCACAACUUUUGGCUUUUAGGUGACGCUGGUUAUCCUUUGGAGCCGUGGCUUUUGACACCUCAUCGUGUUCCAGAGGAUGGUUCCACGGAAAUGCGGUUCAAUGAGGUACACUCAAAGAGCCGUAACAUUAUUGAACGAACAAAUGGCGUAUUGAAGAAUAGAUGGCGAUGUCUUAUUGGUGCAAGGGUGCUUCAUUACUGCCCGGAGAAAGCCGCAAAAAUUACAAAUGUAUGCUGUGCUCUUCACAACAUAUGUUUGCAUUUCAAAGUAAGGGAAGAACCAUAUGAACCAAUCAGUGGUGUGGAAACAGCAGAAGAGGAAACAAGUUCAUCAAUUACAACGCAAUACUUAACCACAGCUCAGUCAAUCAGAGCAAAUAUUGGAAGCACCUUAUAAAAUAAUAACUAUUUAACAUAUU